AUGACGUCUUUGAAGGAGGAUGAUAAACCGUUUAGUGUUCCGAUACCAGAAGAUAGCUUCGAUACGUAUCAUUUAGAUCCUCCUCCGUAUUCAGUUGAAACAACCAAGAGGGAACUCAAACAGUUAUACCAUGAUAUGACAUUGAUAAGGCGUAUGGAGCUUGCAGCGGACGGAUUAUAUAAAGACAGGAAAAUCCGCGGUUUUUGCCAUUUAUCUACUGGACAGGAGGCAGUCGCUGUCGGUAUUGAGCAUGCACUUACUAGGCAUGACAAACUAAUAACAGCAUACCGUUCCCAUGGGUUUACCUUGAUGCGUGGAGGGACUGUGAAAUCUAUCGUUGGGGAAUUGCUUGGACGAAGAGAUGGCAUCUCCUAUGGUAAAGGUGGCUCUAUGCACAUGUUCUGCGAGAGCUUCUUUGGGGGAAAUGGGAUUGUCGGAGCCAGCGUGCCAGUAGGUGCUGGAAUCGCGUUCGCUCAACAAUACAACAAUGCAAAUAAUGUCACCAUCGAUCUCUAUGGUGAUGGAGCAGCCAAUCAAGGCCAAGUUCACGAAUCUUUCAAUAUGGCUAAGCUGUGGAAUCUACCUGUGAUAUUUGGCUGUGAGAAUAAUAAAUACGGCAUGGGAACCUCUGUUGAAAGAGCCUCUGCCAUGACCGAGUACUACAAGCGUGGCCAGUACAUCCCGGGACUACGAAUCAACGGAAUGGACGUCCUUGCUGUCCUUUCCGCAGUCAGAUAUGGCAAGAAUUUCGUCCAAGCAGGAAAUGGACCCCUAGUCUAUGAGUACCUGACAUAUCGAUAUGCGGGUCACUCAAUGUCAGACCCAGGAAUUGCAUAUCGAAGCCGUGAAGAAUUGAAAGAGCAGCGUGCGAAUGACCCAAUCUCUACCUUCAAAGAGAGGUUGAUUGAGUGGGGUGUAUUUUCGGAGGAGGACGCCAAAACAAUUGAUAAAAAUGUACGAAGCAAAGUCAACAAUGAAGUGGCCGAGGCUGAAAGGAUGCCUGAGCCCGAGACGAAACUUGACAUUUUGUUUGAGGAUACAUAUGUUCGUGGUAGUGAGCCGCAGCAACGCCGAGGAAGGACCAUCGAUGAAACUUAUUAUCGGGGCUAGGCGAAGAAUUUAGCGUUUAAGACGAUUGAUACCAUAGCUUAUAAGUGAUAAGAGGUUUAUGAGAUACCGCUGGAAAAAGGGGAGGGUAAGGAUGUUUGGAAAUUGACGUCUAGAUAGCCGAUCAAUUGU